GGCUGGGCGGUUCGGUCGCCGCCCCCCGCCGCCGCCGAGCCCCUGCCCCGGCCCCUGCCCCGGCCCCGGCCCCGGCCCGGAGGCUCAGCCCCGGCGGGGUUUGGCCGCCGCCCGCGGUGGCGGUUAGUGGCUCCCGGGCGCGGCGGCGGCGGCGGCGGCGGCGCAGCAUCGAGCGCAGAGGCAGCUGCCGGCUGUUCCCGGUUGGUGCCGGCGGGUCGCCGAGUCUUUCCCUGCUUUCCCUUAAGUGGGAUGAUCCCCAAGGUGAUGCAGAUUUUCCCUUCCAAAAUGACUUUCCGAGGUCUGAUUUUGUGUCUGGCUUGUGCUGGGCUUGGAGGGGCAAACGUGAUUCCACAGGCUGAACACAGAAACGUGACAGAGGGAGACAAUGUGACUCUCAGCUGUGUCCUGACAGAACCUAAGGAUGUUCUGCAAGUGACGUGGCAAAAGGACUCCGAAAAAUUACACAAUAAUAUAGCUACGUACAGUAAAACCGGAUUAAAGAUUCAUGAGCCCUAUCAAGACCGAAUGAAUUUCACAAGUCUGGUACUCAAUGAGACAAGCAUCGUUCUUCGGAACAUUAGAAUGGAUGAUUCAGGGUGUUACACAUGUCUCUUCAAUGCUUUCCCUUCUGGCUCCUCCUCGGGACAUACCUGCCUGAGUGUCUUUGGUCUCAAUGCAUCUGUCCGUUACAACAUUUCCGAAGGUCAUCUGAUAGCCACCUGUAAUGCUGUUGGCCUCCCAGAGCCCACCAUCACCUGGAAGAACUUGUUCAAUUCUACUCCUACACAGGAGACGGUCAGGCACGCCAAUGGGAUAGUGUCCAUCACCAGUACACUGGAGAUAUACAACACUCAGAGCAUCAGUGGGCAGGACUUGAUCUGCACAGUAAGCAACACACAUGAAAAAAUGGAAUUGCCUGUGAAAAUGAAAGGAGAAGAGGGAUCCUUAUUUUUUUGGGUGAUGAUUUCUGUGGGGAUUUUAAUUGUCGUCAUAGUUCUGAUUCUGAUCAUGCUGCGCUGGAGGAAGAGGAUAUGCAGGAGGGGUUGAAUGGGAUCCUAGAGAAUUUCCAUUCACCUACCAGAUUGUUACAGCUCAGCAGCCUGAAGUCAACAUCACAAGCAGUGACCUGACUGGCUAGAAAGAAACAGCAAUAAAAGGGAAAUACAUCACAUACAUACACUACCCUAUCUAGACACUGAGUUGAUCGCUGAAAAGUCUAGUGCAAUGUUUGUUAUCUAGACUAAAUGCUUAAUCAUAAAAAGUAGGACCAGAGGGACCACUUAGCCUUCUCCUUUGCUGCCAGCCAAAAUCUACUUUGCUUGUGCCACUCUUGGUACAGCUAGUGUGCAAAAUAUAUUCGCAUUCUUCCAGCUGAGUUUUGAAAACAUCCAUAGAUGGAGCCUCUGCAAGCUCUCUGAGGGUCCUCUUCCAGUGCUUAAUUGCUCUCACAGUAAAGAGGGGUUUAAUUUUUCCCAACAUCUGUCUGCAAUUUCACUUGCAGCAACUCUCCGUUCAUCACCCUCUUCCUGGUGUUUCGUUUUCCUUCUGUCCAGCUGAUCCGACUCCUUUUCCUCAGUGAAUGUGUGAAUGUGCCAAUGACUUUAUUGCUUAACUCUCUCUGGAGGGACCUGCUGGACUUAAAACCACAGGACUCAAAGCACACCAAAUCUGCCAAAAAUUAUGUAGGAUGUUACACCCUGAGCUAACCAUCAUGUGUCACUUCUCUGAACAUAAUGGUAUCAGUGGGGAAUUUUGCAGAGGCAGAAUUUACUGCUUUGUCAUGGUUUUGCUACCAAAACCUGCACUACCAUUACGAGCUGGGACCUAACCCUGCUCCUGUCCCAGGUAGGAUCGGAGCCCCUCUCCCCUCUGCCACCCCUGGCUGCUCCUUGCUGCCUGCUCAAGCCUGCUGAUGUGGCCAUUUCCAGGCUUAACGCCCCAGUUGCCUGUCGCCCCCGCUUGCUGCGUGGCAGCAGGCUGCCUGUGAGAGCAGAGUGCUCUGGGCAUUGCCUUGCAACUCGUAAUAUUUGUGAGGGGUGAGAGCUUUGGUGUGCCCUCUGCCUCCUGGCACCUUGCCAGGACUCUGUGCCCACUUCAUGGGGUGAAGGUUGCUAAAAACAAACGUACUUCUGGCCUUACUGAUUUCGUGGCCCAUUUUACUGACAGACUAGACAGACAGGAGGACUGCAGGCCAUCCUCUGGUGAUUUUUGUUCAUCUGAUGGCUGCUAAUGUUUAAGGUGUUUCUCAGUCUUCCUUCUGUCUGUGUCAUUGUAUUAGGAUCACUACCGGUAUCCUCUUGUCUUUUGGGUUCAACUGCCAUUUGUUUGUGCAUCUGAAAUAUUCCAUCUUACUCAGCGUGUAGCUUUACUUAAUUGUGCUUUUUAUGUCAUGUGUUUACCAAGAGUGCAAACUGUCAGUCUAAAAAAAUCAGCAGCGAAGAUAUAACAGAUAAAAGGGUUAAGACUAAAUGUUUAGAACCAAUACUUUGUUGGUUCCAGAACGGCAGCCUCUCACAAGUCUGUCGAAAAGGUGUAUGUGUAUGUCUGCAUGUAUUAUGGAGGAUUGCUGUAUUGCUGCUACUGUUGUAGGUGCAAUAUGAAUUAUUUAUUUUUUAAUUUAAAAAAAUAUUUUUUUCUAACUAGAAAAAAACCUGAUCCAGCCAAAACACCAACUCGUCCAUUUUUUUUUUUUCCUACUUGUUUGGGAUACCAGAAAUGCUUCAUUGCAGCUUGGGCUUUUUUUUCAGUUUUGAUUUAUACUUUGCUUCCUUUCUGUACAGAAAGUGGGACUUCAGGGGGUUUUUAAGGUGUGGUGGUUUUUUUUCUGCCAAAAAAGUUUGAGCAAAACAACUUUUGACAUGUAAAUUUACAGAAGUAUUUUUGACCACAGCAGCUGUGUUUUACAUCAGACUUGAAAGUACUUCAGUCAAAAAGCUGUAGUUUGCAUUUUUAAAAGGUACUCUGUGUAUCAUGUUCACUGCUUAUUCUUUAUCUGAAGUUACAUGCUCUACUGAUGUACUGACUGUCCUGUUUUCUGUAUUUACCUUUGCUGAAAAGAAGACAAAUAAAGCAACUUUGAAUAGAA